GGAUCUACUCUUUCUUUUCAUAUAGCAUCAGUAAGUUUUGAGCCCAUCUUACUUACCUUUCUGAUUCGAAGCAGAUCGAUCGGCUUGGAAGCCAAUAUCAGAUCAGAUCAAUUAUUUUUGGUGAUCAGGGAGCAAUGGAGCUUCAACAUUUCAGCCACCCACAUCCCUUGUUGUUGAAUGAUGAUGGAUUACUAGAAGAUGAUGAAAAUUAUACUCAUAAAUGUGAUUUCUGUUGGGAAAGACUAUCAUUUGGUACUCCUUGUUACACAUGUAAAGAAGGGUGCAAGUAUUUCUGCAUACAUAAAUCAUGUGCCGAUUUACCCCACCAGUUGCAGCACCCAUCCCACCCCAAACAUGAUCCACUUACUCUUAGUGAAAGAAAAUGGGACAAAGAAAAUCAACAAUGUAACAAUUGUGGAAGAGAUCUAGCGUGGUGGUGGGCAUACAGGUACACUUGUUCUCGUUGUGAGUUCUAUCUUUGUAUUAAAUGUGUUUCGCUUUCACUCACCACAAAAGUUGAUAUUCACGACCACCCAUUGACCCUUAUGCAGAAAUUAUCCCAAUUCUUUUGUGAUCAUUGUGAGAAAGAAGGGAAUGACAUGUUUUACUUUUGUACUACCUGUUCGUUUACGAUCCACCCAAAAUGUACUCUUUUACCAUUGGUUAUACGACCACUCACUAAAAAGGCCGAGAUUCACGACCAUUCAUUGACCCUUGCAAGAAAAUUGAAUUCAUUCACUUGCGAUGCUUGUGGGAAGGAAGGUAGGAGCAUGUUUUACUUUUGUGUCAUCUGUUCAUUUGUGUUCCAUCUAGAUUGUGCUUCCUUACCAUUGGUUGUCAAAGUUAUACGGCACGAACACCCUCUCAAAUGUUGUCAAAGUUAUUCUCUUCCAUCCGUUAGUCCAUCCAGCCAUAGUGUUUGUCAACUAUGUGUUAACAUGGUGGACACAGACUACAUGGUCUAUCAUUGCUCAACUUGUGAUUUUGUUGCCCAUCUUCAUUGUGCUACAGGCAAGGAAGAGAGAGAUGAGACAUUUGUAUCAAAGUAUAAAGAUGAAGAAUCUAUUGAGUCAUCGACAAGCAUGUUGGAACAUGAAGAACUCGGGAUUGAUGAAUCCACAGACAUAUUGACAUACGUUGUUAAAAAGUUCAAACUAGGAGUAGAUGGGAUUGAAAUAGCUGCAGAAAUCAAAAAUUUUAGUCAUGAGCAUGACUUAAAACUCACUGACGAGUUUGGGAUCAACGAAAAGUGUGAUGCAUGUACGCAAUACAUCUUUACUCUAUAUUAUGCUUGUGCUCAGUGUAGGUUCUUUCUUCACAAAUCUUGUGUUGAAUUAAGACGGAGAAUGAGAUAUCCAAUCCAUCGGCACCCUCUUAUGCUCCUCCCCAAGGCAACUUAUGGUUAUGAUGGUACUUUUGGAUGUGAUGCUUGUGACUGUUCUUGUGAUGGCUUCACUUAUAAUUGUGAAGAAUGCAAAUUUGACCUUGAUGUUCAGUGCAGUUUACUCCCAUAUAAAUUUACACAUGAUAGUCACAAACACCGACUUAUUCUUUCUAGGUCACAAGAAGGCAGAAAGUGUAAUAAUUGUGAUUCAAAUGAAAAAAUCCUAUUCUACUGUGCUGAUUGUGAAUUCGCAUUGGACUUCCAGUGUUUAACACUACCGCAUACAGUAUGGUAUGAACAACAUGAACAUCUCUUCACUCUUUGUUAUGCUCCAGAAGAUGAUUCGGAUGAAUAUUAUUGUGAUAUUUGUGAAGAAAAACGAGACCCAAGAUUUUGGUUCUACUAUUGUGCAGAUUGCCUUUAUCUUGCUCAUCUGAAAUGUAUUCUUGGAGAAUUCCCAAACGAGAAAUAUGGGAAUUGAUAACCAUCAACAUCCUUGUGCUUUUGUUGAGAAGACUUUUGUUGAUAGCCGUGAUUGGUUUUAGGUUUGUGCUUAUCCUAUAGUAGAAGAUUUAGCUUGCGAAUGUGCCGAGUCUAAAUUCAUAGUUCACACAUGGUGCUUAUGCUAAAUGGGAACAAGUACGGGAUAGUUACGUUUUUCAUUACUUGGGCUUUUAUUUAAACUGAAUAGCUCUGCAAGUUAAUUACUUUUUUCUACUGUCUACCAUAUUGUAAUAAUAGGAGCAAGAACUGUUUCAAUUAGACUACUCGUGCAUACCUUUCUUGUUUAACAUAGAGAUUGGCUUUGAUAGUUA